AUGGCUGUCAUUGACCUGUGUAAUAGAGCAGAUUUCCUCCCAGGGCAGCGCUUCGACAUACGACUCGAGGUGCAUGCGCCUGUCAAUGGGAGCGAAGCAAGGGCCAACACGACACCAGACUCCAAUUUCACUUUCACGAUUGCUAGGGCAGGAGCUCAGGCUCAAAGUGCCACCACGUAUUUCUCAGUCGCGGAACCGAGGCUUGAGACCUGGAACUUCACCUGGUUUGAAGAUCUGUUUGCACAGGAUGCCGGGAGGCCAUCUCUUGUCAGAGUGGCCGCUAAAGCUUACCGGAACGUUGUGCUCACCGAGCCAGGAGAGUAUACCGCUACCCUGAUGUAUUACAAUGGCUCGACCACUGUGGCAAAUUGGCGAGUCCGUGACAUACCUCCGAGGCGUACAGCUAAGAACCUGGUGCUGUUCAUUGGUGAUGGAAUGACUACGAACAUGAUCACUGCUGCACGUCUUAUUGCCCACAAGAUGGUCAACGGCAGAUAUCAAAGUACCAUGGCCAUGGAUAAAUUUCCUGUUAUUGGGCAUCAGAUGACUCAUUCCUUGGAUUCUUUCAUCACGGAUAGCGCUAAUUCUGCCACGGCUCUCUACUCUGGUCAUAAAAGCACAGUAAAUGCGCUUGGUGUUUAUGCGGAUAGCUCAAGGAGCCCAGCGGAUGACCCGAAAGUGGAAUCAAUUGCCGAGAUCUUCCGGAGAGUCUACAACGGCGGCGUUGGCAUUGUGUCCACUGCCUUCAUCGCUGAUGCAACGCCAGCCGCGCUUACUGCUCAUACCCGUGACCGAAGUCGGUACGGGGAAGUGGUAGAUUCUUUCCUCAAUGGUAUCACGAAUUAUACCUGGACCAACUGGACCGGACCUGAUGUGCUCUUCGGUGGUGGAGCUGAGCAAUUCUUUCCGAACAGAAGAUCCUUCCAAGGCAGGGACUACUACGCCGAGUUUGCAAACAGAGGCUACAAUGUUGUCCUGAACAACACUGCGCUACAGGUGACCGACACUUCAAAAAAGACUCUUGGCAUUUUCUCCGUCAGCAACAUGGCGAAGUGGCUUGAUCGAAACGUCUACACCAGGAAUCUCUUCGGCCAGAGGAACAGCCCUGACGGAAGAAAUGGCUCUGCAGCAGAUCAGCCGGGGCUCAAAGAGAUGACACUGAAAGCUAUUGAGAUUCUCAACGAGCGUCAUGGAGAUGAUGGAUUUUUCCUCAUGUCAGAGGCUGCAAGCAUCGACAAGAUGAUGCAUUCCCUUGACUACGAUCGUGCUCUAGGAGAACUACUUGAACUUGAUGACACCGUCAAAGCUACCAUGGAGUAUCUCGAAGAGCUAGGUCAGCUCGAGGAUACACAGAUUAUUGUUACGGCGGAUCAUGGACAUGGAUUUGACGUGAUGGGCUCUGUUGAUACUCGGUAUCUACAGGCUCAGAACAACGAUCGCAGAAAGAGGGAUGCAAUUGGAACCUACGAAAACAGUGGUCUCUCCCAGUACACCGUUCCAGACCGUUCCCGCAACGACACGUCCCUGGUAUACACCAACGGUACCUAUUUCCCGGCCAACUGGGAUCCUCGCUACACUCUUUUCUCUGGUUUAGCUGCGAACCCUGAUCGUCGCGAAAACUAUACCGUCCAUAAGGAUGGUGUACGGGUACCCGCAUUAAACAGGACAGGCUUACCCAUCGAUGACUACUACGUGAACGACCGGGAUGGUCUUGGUGGGUUUGUUAUAAACGGGACUCUGCCGACUACGGCAGACCAAGGUGUGCAUUCGCUGACAGAUGUGCCUGUAUACGCUCAAGGUCCCUGCCAAGAUAUCUUUGGUGGUACAUACGGCAAUAUUGAUGUCUUCUACCGAAUGGCAGAGUGUCUGGGGCUGUCUCAACCAGGCCGACACGGUAAUGGCAACGGUAAUGGCAGGAACCAAAAUAGCAGCAGUUGA